CCCAAAGGCUGCGAGAGACAGAGACCCCAGAGGCUCUGAGAGACAGAGACCCCGAAGGCUGCGAGAUACAGAGCCCCCGCAGGCUGCGAGAGACAGAGACCCCAGAGGCUGUGAGAGACAAAGACCCCAGAGGCUCUGAGAAACAGAGCCCCCGAAGGCUGCGAGAGACAGAGACCCCAGAGGCUCCGAGAGACAGAGACCCCGAAGGCUGCGAGAGACAGAGCCCCGGGGGCUUCGAAAGAUAGAGACCCCGGAGGCUGCAAGAGACAGAGAUAGAGACCUUGGAGACAGCAAAAGAGAAGGUCGAAGGAAGUCGGAGGAGACAUUGAGAAGACGCCAUGAGAGACUGAGCCAACACGAGAGCGAAAUAGGGGAGGAUGGAGACAAGAGUCCUAAGGAAGGUCAGCUCCUGUCUUCUGGGGCCCCGGCCCUGGGAUCCUAGCAGCUUCCUCUGGACUGGGAUGUCACAUUUGUCCACGGCUCCGCUGGUCCAGGAAGCCUCCUCUGAUAUCUCCAGUAGCUCGGUUCUACCUUUCCACUCCAUCCCAAGCACUGGACGCAACGCCUGGGUCAACCUCUUCCAGUUCUGGAGAAAGAACAGUUUCCAGAGGAUGCAUCACGUGAUGGAGGAGAACUUCAGCCGCCUGGGGCCCAUAUACAGGGAGAACCUGGGUUCGCACAGCAGUGUGAACAUUCUCCUUCCUCAGGAUGUGGCCCGUCUCUUCCAGUGUGAGGGUGUAUAUCCUCGUAGGAUGACCAUUGACUCGUGGGCAACCCACCGGGACAUGAGGAACCAUAAAUAUGGUGUAUUUCUGUUGAAUGGGGAAGACUGGAGAUCGGACCGCAUUAUAAUGAACAAGGAGGUCCUGAGCCUGAUUGGAGUGAAGAAGUUCCUGCCCUUCCUGGACGAGGUCGCCACAGACUUCGUGUCCUUUAUGCAACGACGAAUGAGUAAAAAUACGAGAGGGACCCUCACCGUGGACCUGUACGCCGACCUCUUCAGAUUCACCCUGGAAGCCAGCAGUUAUGUCUUGUAUGGACAACGUCUUGGACUCCUGGAAGAACAUCCGAACCAAGAGUCUCUGCGGUUUAUUGGGGCUGUGGAGACCAUGAUAAAGACCACCCUACCCCUGCUCUACUACCCAAACCAGCUGAUGCGCCUCUCAGACCACCACAUAUGGAAAGAACAUAUGAAGUCCUGGGAUAUUAUAUUCGAGCAAGCGGAUCGGUGCAUUCAGAACAUUUACCAGGAAUUCUGUCUGAGUCAGAAGCGAGGAUACUCAGGGAUAAUGGCGGAGCUGCUGCUACAGGGAGAACUCCCCCUGGACUCCAUAAAGGCCAACGUCACGGAGCUGAUGGCUGGAGGAGUGGACACGACAGCCAUGCCCUUACUCUUCACCCUCUUUGAGCUGGCCCGGAACCCUUCCGUACAGAGAGAACUCCGGAGUGAGAUUCACCAUGCAGAAGCCCAGAACCCUAAAGACUUGAACCAGCUGCUGAACCUCAUGCCUCUGCUGAAGGGCGCCAUCAAGGAGACACUCCGGUUGUAUCCUGUGGGGAUCACCGUCCAGAGACAUCUGACCAAGGACAUCACGCUGCACAACUACCACAUCCCCUCCGGGACUCUGGUGCAGGUGGGUCUGUACCCCAUGGGCCGCAGUCCUCAAGUCUUCCAGGACCCCCUGCGCUACGACCCCAAUCGCUGGAUGCGUAGAGAUGACACAAACUUUAAGGCGCUGGCAUUUGGCUUCGGAUCGCGACAAUGUAUCGGGCGGAGGAUUGCGGAGACGGAGAUGAUGCUGUUUUUGAUGCAUAUGCUGAAGAACUUCCAGAUCGACACGGUGUCUAAACACGACCUCAAGACUAUUUUCGGAUUCAUCCUGAUGCCAGAAAAACCCCCGCUGCUGACCUUCAGGCCAAUCUGACCCCCGCUGCUGACCUUCAGGCCAAUCUGACCCCCGCUGCUGACCUUCAGGCCGAUCUGACCCCCCGCUGCUGACCUUCCGGCCGAUCUGACCCCCGAUGCUGAC